ACAAUUUUUUUGCGCUUCAACCUCUGUUUUUUUUUCACGACAACAUAACAUUAAAUAUCGGGAAAAGUUCACAGUUUCUUCUAUAAAGAUCAGAUGCUGAAAAUUCUUUAUGGGAACUCUUUUUUGGUCCAAAGGGUUUGGUUUGUUUAAGGAAAAAUCAAAAUUUAACCAGAAGGUUUUACUAGAUUAAAAGACUUGCAUUUGAAGUUGUAUAUCAUUUUUGUUUGCAAUCAAAAGUUCAGUAUACACAAGUUUGACUUAUUGGUUUGUGAAUACAUACGCUUUGAGUUUAAAAUGGCAAUUGAUGGGAGUUUCAGUCUUGAAUCCGCGCUCGAGAGGUUUCUUUCCCGGUGUCCCAAGCUUGGGUGUUUACCGCGUUUUAGUUCACUUGCUAAAAAGGGAAGUGACCUGACAGAAGAAGAAGUGGUAAAUUCAGUGGUAGAGUUGUCUUUGCACCCACAUUACACAAUACCUUUGAUGGGGUGUUUCCGACCAAUAGCACGGAAGAUUGUGGAUAAAGCUGUGGCUUUGCUCCGUCUGGUACCUGAUCUGAGGUUGAAUUCAGAUGGCCAAAUGGAAGAUUCAGGGCAUUUUGUUGAUGUUAUCCAGUUUCAUGUUCAAAGUGGGAGGGGAUUGAAUCUUCAUGAGCUUGCUUGCUUGGCUUUCUGUCGAGUGCUUGAUUUGGCUCCUUUUUUAUUGGGGUCUGUAUUAAAUUAUUUUAAAUUUGCUCCACCACCUUUUGAACGGUUUUUGAUAAAAAUAAUAGCUCCUGAGUUUUCUGUAAAGGUUGUAAGUCCUUGCUCUAAUGCUAUUAGGACAUCUUAUCGCCUCCUCGUCAUUGAACCUGAGAUUUUUUCUAAACUUUGGGAUUGGUCCUGUUUCUUGGACCUUGUUGAGAUAUAUAGAAACCCUAACUGGAGCAGUGAUGCCGAAUUGAAGAAGGAUAUUGCAGAUAUUAGAUGGUGUGGAGUUCAGAUACUUUCUCUAACUUUGGGAAUGAGUGACAGAGCAAUUUCAAACUUUGGUGUUGAAGCUGAAGAAGCAUUUUUAUGUUUAUUGCGGUGGGAGGAGUUUCGUCGUGAUACAUCAUUAGAGCUGGCUGGCUCGUAUGUCAAAUCACCGAACAGUAAUAAGUUGGAUUCUAGUACUGGUGACUUUAGUUUUAAUCAAGAAAACUGUUUGCAGUGUUUUGGCCUUAAUUCACUACCCUCAACACAGUUUCAUGAAAUUGAGCCAUCAACCAGGCGUCAAAGAUUGGGGACAUGGGGUAAUAAAUUGGACGGGAAUCCAUUUGUCUUGACAUCUACUGUGAAGAGAAGUUUUGAGAUUUUAUUGUUGGGAGUAAGUCAAAAGUGGCCUGUUCUUCUGUAUGGUCCUGCUGGUUCUGGAAAAUCUGCCCUUAUUAAUAAGUUGGCGUGUGAAAGUGGUAACCAAGUUUUAUCAAUUCACAUGGACGAUCAAAUUGAUGGCAAAACAUUAAUUGGAAGUUAUGUUUGUACUGAGCAACCUGGUGAAUUUAGAUGGCAACCUGGCUCUCUCACCCAGGCUAUUCUAAAUGGGUAUUGGGUUGUUUUUGAGGAUAUUGAUAAAGCUCCAUCAGAUGUGCAAACCAUUUUGUUACCUUUAUUGGAAGGUGCAAGCUCAUUCAUAACUGGCCAUGGGGAGGAAAUAAUGGUCUCCGAAAGUUUUCAACUAUUUUCUACCAUUUCAACUUACAAGCUUGAUGUUUCUCAUGGUACUGAAGGUGGGAAUUCACUUGGUAAUGUCUGGAGGAGAGUGAUGAUUAUGCCACCAAGUAAUGAUGACUUGCAAAAUAUAGUGAAAGCAUGGUAUCCAACUCUGGAGUCCCUUGCUGAUAGACUUGUAGAAACUUUCGAAAGAGUUAACUCUUACCCACCACACCAAGUUGCUUCUCUCAAUAGGUUCUCAUUAAGGGAUCUUCUCAAAUGGUGCAAAAGAAUUGCAGGUUUUGAUUUUAGCUCAAGGCUAAAUGGUUUGACACCUUAUGAGUGUCAAUUCAUCUAUCAAGAGGCUGUCGAUAUAUUUGCAUCUUUUUCAACAUCAGCCGCAAACCGUUUGACUGUGAUGAAAGAACUCGCGAAAAUGUGGGCAAUUCCCAUUUCAUUGGCUGAAACCUUAUACCGUUCCCAUGAACCUGCUGUUCAGAAAUCCCCCUUAGAAUUAAGAAUUGGGCGAGUCACUCUUCAAUGCAGUGAAACUGUUGGUUUACAUGACCAGAGUAGACAAUUUGUUAACAUUCGAAGUUCUUUGUGUGCACUUGAGAAGAUAGCUUGCUCUGUUAGGCACAAUGAGCCUGUUUUGUUGGUUGGUGAAACUGGUACUGGGAAGACUACACUAGUACAGAAUUUGGCGGCAAUGCUUGGUCAAAGACUUACUGUUUUGAACUUGAGCCAACAGAGUGAUGUUGCUGAUUUAUUAGGAGGAUUUAAGCCUAUUGAUGCAAGAUUCAUUUGCACUCCCUUAUAUAAAGAGUUCGAGUAUCUGUUUUCUAAGACAUUUUCCCGGAUGGGAAAUGAAACAAUUUUUACCCAUUUGCAAAAGAUCUUGAGGGAUAAGGAUUGGAGAAAAUUAUUAAAAGGCCUUCGAAAGUAUGUUGAUGAGUACCAAAAGAAGGUAAAAAAGCGGAAGAAACCAUUGGAUGAGCAGUGGGAGAAUUUUUCUAUGAAACUUGAAACAGCUGGCAGACAAAUUGCUGCAUCUGGAAUGGUAUUUUCAUUUGUUGAAGGAGCUUUUGUAAGUGCACUUAGAAAAGGUGAGUGGAUUUUGCUCGAUGAGGUGAAUUUGGCUCCACCAGAGACUUUGCAGAGAAUUGUUGGUGUUCUUGAAGGAGAAAGUGGUUCACUAUGUUUAGCUGAAAGGGGGGAUGUCAGUCAUAUAUGUAGACAUCCUAAUUUUCGUAUAUUCGCUUGUAUGAACCCUGCAACUGAUGCUGGGAAGCAUGACCUGCCUUAUGCUAUACGUAGUAGAUUUACAGAAUUUUUUAUUGAUGACAUAUUAGAUGACAAAGACUUAGAACUAUUUAUUGAGAGAUUGUUGGGUGAAAGCUGGUCAAGUAGAGAAUUAGUGGAAAAAAUUAGAUUUUUCUACAAAGCAGCAAAGAAAGAAUCAGAAGAAAAGCUGCAGGAUGGGGCUAAUCAGAAACCACAAUACAGCUUAAGGUCUCUAUAUCGUGCUCUGGAAUUUACGAGGAAGGCAGAGAAAAAAUUUGGUUUUCAGAAAGCACUUUACGAUGGGUUCUGCAUGUUUUUCCUCACUUUGUUGGAUGGACCCAGUGCGAAGAUUAUGAAACAGAUGAUUGAUUAUGUGGUCGGGAAAAUUACACCUCCACCUGUACCUUUUGAUACUUACUUGGUAGUUAAUAGAGAAACCUCAGUGUCAGAUGAAUUCUUGAAGAACUAUGUUCUUACAAAAAGUGUCAAAGAGCAUCUUAGUAAUCUGGCACGUGCAAUCUUUAUUAAAAGAUAUCCGAUUCUCUUACAGGGGCCAACAUCUAGUGGGAAAACUAGUCUUGUGCAAUAUCUUGCUGCUAUAACUGGCCAUGAGUUUGUGCGUAUAAAUAAUCAUGAGCACACUGAUUUGCAGGAAUAUUUAGGUUCUUACAUUACUGAUUCUUCUGGAAAGCUUGUAUUUCAUGAAGGAGUAUUGGUUAAGGCUGUCAGGAAUGGUCAUUGGAUUGUCCUAGACGAGCUGAACUUAGCUCCAUCUGAUGUGCUGGAAGCAUUGAACCGUUUGCUAGAUGACAAUAGAGAACUCUUUGUGCCUGAACUCUGUGAAACUAUAAAGGCACAUCCAGAUUUUAUGCUUUUUGCAACCCAAAACCCACCUACUUUCUAUGGUGGCCGUAAAAUGCUUUCUCGAGCUUUCCGCAACCGAUUUGUUGAGAUUCAUGUUGAUGAAAUCCCUGAAAAUGAAUUGAGCACAAUAUUAGAAAAGAGGUGUGAAAUCCCUGAAAGCUAUGCUAAGAAGAUGGUUGAAGUCAUGAAAGACUUGCAGUUGCAAAGGCAAAGUAGCAAGGUAUUUGCUGGAAAACAUGGAUUCAUAACUCCACGCGACUUGUUUAGGUGGGCUAAUCGUUUUAAGGCUUUUGGAAAGUCUUAUGAAGAUUUGGCUAGGGAUGGUUAUUAUCUUCUUGCAGAAAGACUACGUAAUGAUGAUGAGAAAUGUGUGGUUCAAGAAGUUUUAGAGAAACAUCUUCGUGUAAGACUUGUGAAAGAAGACUUGUACCAAAAGGAAGUUGCUGGAAGUGACUCAAUUUCGGAGAAUCUUGGAAAUGUUAUCUGGACAAGAAGUAUGUGGAGAUUGUACUUUCUUGUAAAGCGUUGCUAUGAGUUACAUGAACCUGUGCUGCUUGUUGGUGAAACCGGUGGUGGAAAGACAACAGUCUGUCAGUUGCUGAGUUUGGCAUUGGGGUCUGAAUUACAUAUUUUGAAUUGCCACCAGUACACCGAAACAUCUGAUUUUAUUGGGGGUUUCUAUCCUGUUCGGGAUAGAUCAAGACUGAUGUCUGAAUUCAACAAUCUAAUUGAACAGUUGAGGAUGUCAAAGGCUUUAAUCGAGUAUACAGGGAACUCAACCAUUUCUUCCGACAUCAGUCAGGCUUCUUCUACUCUAAAUAAGUUGACUACAAUAAUGAAAUGGUAUAGAGAAAGUCAGGUCCCAAGUGCUACAGUGAGUGCACAAGAUCUUGAAAGUCUUGAAGAGCUGAUAUCAGACCUCACUCAGCUGUACCAGAGGUGGCAGACUGUCUUCAUGUGGCAUGAUGGUCCUCUUGUUCAAGCAAUGAAGGAGGGUAGUCUGUUUCUUGUGGAUGAAAUUUCUUUGGCUGAUGAUAGUGUAUUGGAAAGAUUGAACAGUGUGUUGGAGCCAGAAAGAAAAUUGUCAUUGGCUGAGAAAGGAGGGCCUGUUCUGGAAAAUGUUACUGCUAAAAAAAAUUUCUUUGUUUUGGCAACGAUGAAUCCUGGUGGUGAUUAUGGUAAGAAGGAAUUAUCUCCAGCACUCCGUAAUCGGUUCACUGAGAUAUGGGUUCCUCCUGUUAGGGAUGUAGAUGAUCUGAAAAACAUUGCUCUACAAAGAGCUGCCAACCCAGGACUUUCACUAUUGGUGGAUCCUAUGCUAAGUUUCUGGGCGUGGUUCCACCAAUUACAAUCAGGAAGGGCACUUACUGUGAGAGAUCUUUUGUCUUGGAUAUCCUUCGUUAAUGUGACAGAGACAAGUCUGGGGCCUGCUUAUGCAUUUCUACAUGGAGCUUUCCUCAUUUUGCUUGAUGGAUUGAGUUUAGGCACUGGAAUUUCUAAAAGUGAUGCUGGCAAGUUGAGAAAUAGAUGCUUGUCUUUUCUUUUGGAACAGCUAAAGGUGGAAGAUAACAAUGUGCUUUCAGCUAAAUUGUCAACUAUGGAAACUUAUGGUUGGGGUGAUAUUGGUACAAGUGUUGAUAAAUCACACAGUGACGAUAUGCAAUGUGACAAUGUCUUUGGGAUUGAUCCCUUUUACAUUGAAAAAGGUCAUGAAAACGCUGAGAUUGGAGGUUUUGAAUUUUUAGCACCUACUACGCGUAGAAAUGCAUUGCGGGUAUUGCGAGCUAUGCAAGUUUCGAAGCCUGUUUUACUUGAAGGCAGUCCAGGUGUUGGGAAAACAAGUCUAAUUGUUGCUUUGGGCAAAUAUUCUGGGCAUAAAGUUGUACGCAUAAACCUAUCUGAGCAGACUGACAUAAUGGAUUUGUUGGGGUCAGACUUGCCUGUUGAGAGUGAUGAAGGAAUGAAAUUUGCAUGGUCUGAUGGAAUCUUACUGCAGGCUAUAAAGGAGGGUUGUUGGGUGUUGCUAGAUGAGCUUAAUCUUGCUCCACAAUCUGUCUUAGAGGGUUUGAAUGCUAUUUUGGAUCAUCGUGGUGAGGUCUUCAUUCCAGAGCUAGGUCUUACUUUUAGGUGUCCACAGUCAUUCAGAGUUUUUGCAUGUCAAAAUCCUUCUUAUCAGGGUGGUGGUAGAAAAGGCCUCCCAAGGUCCUUUCUCAAUCGUUUCAUUAAGGUAUAUGUGGAUGAGUUGGUGGAGGAGGACUAUGUUUUCAUCUGUAGUUCACUAUAUCCAUCAAUCCCAAGGUCUGUGCUUUCAAAGCUGAUUUUAUUCAAUAAGCAGUUAUAUGAAGAGACCACGGUAUAUCGCAAUUUUGCUCAGGAUGGGUCACCCUGGGAGUUUAAUCUUCGUGAUGUGAUUAGGUCGUGUCAGAUUAUACAAGGUGCACCUCAAAAGAUGGAAGCCAAUUUCUUUCUGGAUAUACUCUACGUUCAAAGAAUGCGCACUGCUGGUGACCGUAGAGAAGUUCUUCGGUUGUAUGAAGAUGUAUUUGGGAUGAAGCCAUUUAUAAAUCCUUAUCCAAGAGUGCAGCUCAAUGCUAGAGACUUAAUUGUGGGGAACACAACUAUUAGAAGAAAUUAUAAUCAGUUGUCUAAAGUUUCUUGUAGUCAGCUGAAAAUUCUGCCAGGUAUUCGUCACAGCUUGCAAGCUGCUGCACAUUGUGUAAAACAGCAAUGGUUAUGCAUUCUGGUUGGCCCACCAUCUUCUGGAAAGACUUCAUUGAUAAGAAUGCUAGCUCAGCUAACAGGAAAUGUACUAAAUGAAUUAAAUCUCUCUUCUGCAACUGACAUAUCUGAAUUACUUGGAUGCUUUGAGCAAUACAACGCCUUACGCAAUUUUCGAAUGGUUGUUGCUCAAGUUGAGCGGUAUGUUAAUGAAUAUUGCAGUUUGCAACUGGAGUCCUCAGUGAAUGCAAUUGUUAGUCAAAAAAAGGAUUUUAUCUCUCGGUGGCUUGCUUUCUUAUCUUGUGUGGAUUUUACUCUCAUUUCGAGUUCACCUUCCACAUAUACGGAGACUUGGAAGAGAAUUGGAAACUCUCUUUGUUUAUUGGUUGAGACUGUUGAAAAACUGAGAUUGGAACUUGAGAAUAAUGUUUUACCUCUUUCUUGGUCAAGUAAAGACCUGGAUAGUGCAAUGAAGACAAUAUUGAAGCUGCAAGAUAAGCAGCCGAUUUCAUAUUCUGCUAAAUUUGAAUGGGUUACAGGGUUACUGAUAAAGGCCAUGGAAAAUGGAGAAUGGAUAGUUCUAGAGAAUGCAAAUCUUUGUAAUCCAACGGUUCUUGAUAGAAUCAACUCUUUGGUGGAGCCCAGUGGUUCUAUUACAAUCAAUGAGUGUGGGACUGUUGAUGGAAAACCGGUGGUUCUCCAUCCGCACCCCAAUUUUCGAAUGUUUCUCACAAUUAAUCCAAGCCAUGGUGAACUGUCCAGGGCAAUGCGAAAUAGAGGUGUUGAGAUAUAUAUGAUGCCUCCAUAUUGGCUAUUUGAUGAAGAAAAAGGCUUCACCUUUGAGGAUAGUGAGCUGAAUGAUGCAAAGAAAUUUGUUGCUCUUUCCGGUAUUCCUUCUACCAAGUUGGUUGAGUCAAUGGCUAAAGCGCAUGUCUAUGCUAUUCUUAAAGGUUUGCAAUUUUAUAAACGGAUCACAAAUCUAGAGUUAGCACGGUGGGUUCAAUUAUUUCAGCAGCUUAUUGUGAAUGGCAAUCAGGCUCUGUGGAGCCUCCAAAUAAGUUGGGAGCAUACUUAUCUUUCUUCUUUAGGUGAGGCUGAAGGAGAAAAUAUAAUUAGCCAUGCCAAGAACACAUUUUUGUCAAUCAUUGAAUUGUCUGAAACUGAUUCAUCAUUGGGAUGUUCUUUGUGUUUGCCUGGAGGAUGGCCAAUGCCUUUGAAUUUAAGAGACUUGGUAUGGUAUUCAAAAGAGGCAUCUGUCAAACAGAACUGUAUGUAUUUGGAGUUCCUGGGGGCUCAGUAUGCAUCUUGUGAAGUACAAAAUCAUUGGAAUGAUAGUUCUUUGGAUCAAGCUUUGUCUUCCAGUGACAGUGCAGUGACAUACUUGAUAAACAUGAAGAAUCUUCAGGGAAUAAUGUUUCCUAUGGUUUCAAAUGGGACAGUGUCCAGUGGUGGGAAGAUAGGAUUUAACUCAAAUUUGGUUAACAAAAUGUUGUUAUUUGCUGCGAACUGGGCUAUUGAACAAGUGACAGAAAGUGACUUUCCGUUGCAUAUUCUCUGGUUUAGCUGGUUUAAUUCUCAAUUGAAGCCCUGCUGCCCAUUUUUCAAUUUUUUCCUGGCUUCACUCCAGAAGGAGCUGGAGGAUCAAAUCUGGAAAGAUAUAUUUCACUUCCACAAGGAGCUUACAUCAGAUCAUCUAGUCAAUUUAGGUUCUCAUCCACUUCCAGUGCUUUCCAUGGAGCUAGUUGAAUUAACCGCAUCAAGUGAUAUGUCAAAGGUGCAGAGUAACCAUCUCCAUAACGCAAUUAACUGUGUUGACCUUCUGAGGCUUAGUUAUCAGCAGUGGAACGCAGAGAGUGAGCAUGACUACACUGAUGAAACUUGUUAUUUCCAACCAUUUUUGAAAUCUCUAAGAAAUUUGGAGAACUCAGUCCUGAAAACGGUUGUCAAUUCUCCUUCAUUUGAUAAGCUGAUACAAUUUUACACUGAUCUUCUUGAAAAUCACAUACUAUUUUGGAGUGGUGUUACCUCUUCUCAGGUUGAUUGUUUGCUGAUUUCUUGGCGAUCUUUGAUGAAGAAUGUUACCAAGUUGCACAACUUUUGUCCGAGAGAAGUUGACAUUGUCCUGAUGGAGGGCAAGAACCUGGGUAAAUUUUCUUCUUGGCAUUUUCAAUCACAAAGGUCUUUACUAUGGGUUCAUGGUGGUCAUCCAUUUUUGCCUCGGUCUUCUAAGUUAUAUCAUCAACAGCAUCAGCUUUUAAGUUUCUGUGAACUUUUGUGGAAAAAGCAAGAAGAUAUUGCAACAUUGAGUGACCGUCUUGAUGUUGUUGCUUCUUCCAAUCCUGAACUCCGCUUAUUGGCAUUGCAAGGUGUGAGUAUGUCAUCACAUAUAGCAUGCAAAUCUGAUGAGUAUGAUGAAAAUAUUGCCCAAAAGUUGGAGGAGAUUUAUCAGAUGCUUGUAAAGAGGUUUGAAUAUGAAAAACGCAAACUGGGGGAACAAUUGGGACCUGAGCGUGCGACACUUGAUGCGAGUGUAAUUUCUUGCUGUCUUUUUGAUCCUGAAAUAUUGCAUCAGAAGCUUGGCUUUGACAGUUGGUUGGAGUCGCUUCCUAUAAAUGAUAGCUCAAGCUGGUUCCUGGAUUUAAAUUUACUUGAAGAGUUAUCACAGAUCCCUAUAGUUGAUCACAAAGAAAUGCAGCUAGAACUGGGUAAUGUAUCUGGUCUUCUGGAGUCUGCUUUGAAAUAUUCAUUGACUUGUUCAAGAAGACCACCUCAAGCUUUUGUACCACAUCAAAAACUCCUGUGGAUGCUAGAUGCUUGGACAUUAGUGGAUGCAGUGAAUGUGAAAGUUGCCAGUUUUGUUCUUGAGAUGUGGUUUUGGUGGCAUUCAUUUUUGUGGAGUUAUAAUCCUGCUGCAUUAAUGAACUUUGCGAAAAUCGGCAAACAUGAUCUUCCUCUUCCUGCUCCGCUUGUCCAGCCAGUGAAAACAGCGGUUGUCUCUCAGAUUCUGCAAAGCAUAUUUGCCAUCAAAGAUUAUACUGUGUACUCUUUGAAGCUCAAAGUGGCUUCUCGAAAUCUCUGGCAAAGUCCUCCACGUAAAAAAAAAUUAACUACUUCUCUCUUAUCUGUUGCUUGUUCGCUUUUCCAUCAGAUUGUAUACGCACACAAAAAUUCAUUUGAUGCUGAUGCAUUUGGUGAAAUCAACUCCAUGCUUUGUGCCUUUGAGAAGAACACUGUUACGCAAGAUAAAAUUUAUCAAUUGAGCUCACUUAUUGCAUCUUCAAGCCAUCAAAGGUUGAAGUCUUUGGUGCGAUUGUUUAUUGAGCCACUACUUAGAGAACUCUUUCUACACUGCUUUUCCACUGGUGAUGCUUUCCACUCCAAUCUUGGUUAUGCAUGGUUAAGGAUUGGGGCAUUACGUUUUCAUCUCUUGAUCGGCUGUGAUGUUUUGGAUCCUGCCAUGAAAUACUCUUGGAAGUGUUCACAGCUGGAAGAGAAGAUAUCAUUGCUCAAACUUGAAAUUAAGGUACGACAAGAAUGUGAGUAUCUAGCUGGUUGGUCAUCUUCAAGAGCAGCUGAUAAAAAAAGAGCAGUUGCACUACAAAAGCUUGAAGCUGAGUAUAAGAGACUACAAAGAAAGAUUGUAUAUCGCCCCGAUCCUUUGAAGUUCAAGGCAUUGAAAAAAGAAUGUGACGAGUUUCUUGAACUUGUUAAUUCCUCCAUGAAUUUGGUGCAUAAUAUUGCAGUCAUGGACCUUCAACAGGCUAUUGAGCAAGUGUGCAACUGGCAGGAAACUGCAUCCUGUUUUAUCAACCGACUGUCAGAGGAUUAUGCUGAGUUUGUAGAUAUAGCUCAACCGGUUCAAGUUGCAAUUUAUGAAAUGAAAUUGGGUUUUUCUGUUGUGAUGUCAAGCACCUUGCAAAAUGCAUUUCUGGACAGCAUCAAGGAGGACAGUAUGGAUAGAAUUUUGGACUUGGUUUAUUCAUUUAUGAGAUUUCCUAGAGGCUAUGGAUUUGAUUCAGUAACAGUGAACCUCAAAAACAGGGUGCCUGAGUAUUAUUUCUUUGACGUAGAUUCUUCUUCAAACCUCUUUGCAAGAGAUAUAAGUUUGCUGGAGAAGUUGGUCACUUCUUCAAGGGAUGUCAAUACUGCAAGAGAGGGUUCUGUCUUGCAGCUUAGAGCUUCUGUUCAUCAUAAUGCUCUUAUUCGUAUUGCAUACUUUGUAGCUAAUUCUCAACUUAUGGAUAAGGCCUCUUUCAUGUUGUUGGAUAAAAUUUUCUGUGAGUUUGCAAGCAUUUGGAUGAACAUGAAAGUCCAAGUAAAAACCAGGGAAGAUCAUGAUUCUCAACAAUACAAAUUCAGAACUCGUGCCUUUACAAUUGAUAGAGUUUUUGAAGUUGAUAAAUCAACACUACGCAAGUUGUUUGCAAAUGAAACUUUUUCAGAAUGGCAGGAGCUUCUUACUGGAGAAGAAUUGACUGAAAAGGUGGAAGCUGACGAUGAAUUUGAAAGUUUGGAGGAUGAAUGGAACCUUAUGCAAGAAUCUAUCCUGAACAACAUCGUCCAAACACACAAUCAAUUGUUUGGAUCUGCUGAUCUUGUCUUGAGACCUGGGACUUUCAAAAUAUCUGAUGCAGACAGAUUGUAUUCUUUCACGAGCUCUUAUGCAUUGGGAGUUGAAGUGCUGAAAGGUUUAGGGGCUCUAAGUUCUUCCAAUUUAGAUGCCAAACUUUCCCCUGAGCAUUUAUUGCGCCUUUGCUUGGAGCACGAGCAGAUAUUUGUUUCAUCAAAUCCCUUAGCUUGCAAAUACAAUUUUUACAAGGAGUCAAAUGUUCCUGUGAUGACAAAAAUGGUAAAAUUACUUACAUCUCUUCAACAACGGGUUCUUACACUUCUGAGCGAAUGGGAAGAUCACCCAGGUCUGCAGAAGAUCUUGGAUGUUGUUCAAACGCUGUUGGCUAUUCCUAUCACAACUCCUCUUGCAAAGGCUCUCUCAGGAUUGCAAAUCCUGCUUAAUAGGACUCAGAUAUUACUGGAAAGUGGCACAAAAUUUCCUCUUUCUGAGCUGAUGGAACCCAUAGCUGCCCUGGUAUGUUCAUGGCAAAAGAUGGAGUUUGAGUCUUGGCCGGCAUUGCUUGAUGAAGUGCAAGAUCAAUGCGAGAGUAAUGCUGGGAAGUUAUGGUUUCCACUAUUUUCUGUUCUUCAUAAACAGCCCCCCACUGAUGCUGCUGGAUAUGAUCAAUCUACAGUCCAAAGUUUGGAGGAGUUCAUUCAAACGUCCAGCAUUGGCGAAUUUAGAAAACGCCUCCAACUUCUUUUUGCUUUUCUUGGUCAAUUCAUUGGUAGAUCCUUGGGAACUUAUUCCAGUGUACAUGUGGGUUCUAACAAACUGGUUCAAGACAUGUAUUUGAAGGUUGUUGACGUCUGA